GCGGUGCCCAGGAUGGGCUGCGUGCACUGCAAAGAGAAGGGAUCCGGCAAAGGGCAACUGGGGGGCAAUGUGGGCCCCCCACCGCCCCCCGCCUCCCAGUACGACCCCGACCCCACGCAACCGGGCAACACCUUCACCCUCAUCCCUGACUUCAACAACUUCCACGGCGCUGCAGUGCCCUCAGCUCCAUCCUUCGCAAUGCCGGGGGGAUUCCCCUCCAACACGCUGCAAAUGCGGAGUGGGGGCAUCACAGGUGGGGGUGUGACGCUCUUCAUUGCUCUGUAUGACUAUGAGGCCAGGACGGAGGACGACCUCACUUUCCAGAAAGGAGAGAAAUUCCACAUCAUCAACAACACGGAGGGUGACUGGUGGGAGGCCAGGUCGCUGAGCUCGGGCGCCACGGGCUACAUCCCCAGCAACUACGUGGCCCCUGUGGACUCUAUCCAGGCGGAAGAGUGGUACUUUGGGAAGAUCGGGCGCAAGGAUGCGGAGCGGCAGCUCCUGUGCCACGGCAACUGCAGGGGCACCUUCCUCAUCCGGGAGAGCGAGACCACCAAAGGUGCCUACUCCCUCUCCAUCCGGGACUGGGAUGAGGCCAAGGGAGACCACGUGAAGCACUAUAAGAUUCGGAAACUGGACAACGGGGGGUACUACAUCACCACCCGCGCUCAGUUCGACACCGUCCAGCAGCUGGUCCAGCACUAUAUAGAGCGGGCAGCCGGGCUGUGCUGUCGCCUGGCCGUGCCGUGCCAGAAGGGAACGCCCAAGCUGGCCGACCUCUCGGUCAAAACCAAAGACGUGUGGGAGAUCCCCCGCGAGUCCCUCCAGCUCCUCAAGAAGCUGGGCAACGGGCAGUUCGGGGAAGUGUGGAUGGGAACGUGGAACGGCACCACGAAGGUGGCGGUGAAGACGCUGAAGCCGGGCACCAUGUCACCCGAAGCCUUCUUGGAGGAGGCUCAGAUCAUGAAGCGGUUGAGGCACGACAAGCUGGUGCAGCUCUACGCCGUGGUGUCGGAGGAGCCUAUCUACAUCGUCACCGAGUUCAUGAGCCAGGGCAGCUUGCUGGAUUUCCUAAAGGACGGGGACGGCCGCUACCUGAAGCUGCCCCAGCUGGUGGACAUGGCUGCUCAGAUCGCAGCAGGCAUGGCUUACAUCGAGCGGAUGAACUACAUCCACCGGGACCUCCGCGCUGCCAACAUCCUGGUGGGAGACAACCUGGUGUGCAAGAUCGCCGACUUCGGCCUCGCUCGCCUCAUCGAGGAUAACGAGUACACGGCACGACAAGGUGCCAAGUUCCCCAUCAAGUGGACAGCCCCGGAGGCUGCGCUUUUUGGGAAGUUCACCAUCAAGUCGGAUGUCUGGUCCUUCGGCAUCCUCCUGACCGAGCUGGUGACCAAAGGCCGUGUGCCCUACCCAGGGAUGAACAACCGGGAGGUGCUGGAGCAGGUGGAGCGUGGCUACCGCAUGCAGUGCCCGGGCAACUGCCCCCCGUCCCUGCACGAGGUGAUGGUGCAAUGCUGGAAACGGGAACCCGAGGAGCGCCCAACCUUCGAGUACCUCCAGUCCUUCCUCGAGGACUACUUCACCGCCACUGAACCCCAGUACCAGCCGGGGGACAACCAGUGACGUGACUCUGGCACCCCCCCCAAGCCAGGCUCUGGGGGCGGGGGGGCGCUUUUAGGGCAAAUCUCCCCCUUUUUGCAGGGCGGUUCUUGCUCCCUUUGCCUGUGCCUCCCCCCAAAACUCCCCUCGAGGGGUUCUUGGGGUGCACCGAGGCGGACAGGGAGCAUUGCACAAGGACUCAGAGAAGGGGCAAAGCUGUGCCCCCCCCACCCCUCGUCCCCUCUCUCGUUGCCUUCACACCCAGCUUUGAACCUGAGAAGUGCUUUGCUCGGGGGGGGGGGGGGGGGGCAAAGGAGGGUCGGUACCCACCGUACCCCCCCCAGACACCCCUAACUCACAGCAGCAGAGGCUUUGGGGUGAAAGCGGGGAGCUCCCCAUGCCAACCCUGAUCUCCUUACUUCCAACUUGGCUCUGCACGCCUGGAGGGGUUCCACCCCCCCCAAAUC